CACUACUUCAGUCAGGCCUGUUUCUGUGGGUUGGAUGUUGGGAUAAACGACAUUAAGCCACUACGGGCCAGUUUCCGAUCGGAACGUUUGGCUCGCGGCCCCAACUGCGCUCCCUGUAUCUGUGUGUUUGUGGUGUGUGUUGCCAUUAGACGGGUCAGAACGCGAGAGCGAAGGGGACACCAUGGCUUCUCAACGGCUUUAUCUGAGGUUGGUAGGGCUCACCGCUCUGCUCACAUUGCUGGCCCUCGCAGAUGUUUCCAGUGAGAGCAGCCUUCACAAGAUCCUGAAGAAAAGAGAUGUGGUGGGUGACGGUAGCGCUUCCUCUAAGUACAGGGUGGCUGUUGCUCCCGCCAAGGCCAAAGAGUUCCUGGCCAAGCUACGGCGGCCCAAGAGGAACAUCUGGGACCGCAGCAGGCCAGAUGUGCAGCAGUGGAUCAUGCAGUUCAUGUACAUGGGCUUCGAUGAGACGAGACUGGAGACAGACCUGUCCUACUGGAUGGACCACGCGCGGUCCAGCGAUCAGGGUCGCCAGCACCAUUAUGACGAGAACUCUCCCAUUGGACCCAGAGACAGAGGAGCACACCGUCACGGAGCCGACGUCAACUACGACUACUACUAACUGCACAUGCUGUCUCACUCCCUCUCACAUAGUGUAAGACUAACCUCUCUCCUCCUUCACUACUUCUAACCCCAGCCCCCUCUCUAUUUCCCCCUCAUAUAGUGUGCAACUUCCUUUCUUUCUUUGUAUACAGUUUACUUUCCGUURAUCAACACCUCAACAAACAUUUUUGGGUGUGCAUCAGCUCAUGCUUUUCACUCGUUUCUAACCCAUCCCUUAGGGCCAAGACAUCCUGUGGCGUGGCACAGGGUUGGAUAAUGGGACCUUUGUUAUUCCUAAUCUAUAUCAAUGACUUUGCUGCUGUGUCUUCUACCGUACUUCCCGUUCUCUUUGCUGAGGAUACCAAUUAGAUUUUAUCACACAAUAAUUUUUAUUCACUAAUUAACGAAGCCAACUCAGGCAUGGACAGAUUUUCUGAAUGGUUCCAGAUAAACAAAUUAUCUUUAAAUGUAAAAAAAUCWAACUUUAUUUUGUUCACUAGUAAAAAUAAAAAAUAUGGUUAAAAAAAGA